GUCUAUGAUACGUUAUGGCUUCCUUCUAUUCAUAUCCUGAAUUAUUUUUGGCGGGUUUUAUAUUUACCUUGCCCUUUCUAUACGAAAAAAGCAAUGUUUUUCGAUAUUACUUGAAGUUUUUUCUAUAUUACAGUUACGUUUUAAUAACAUGUACGGUUUUAUUACCAGUUGUGCUGCUUUAUCCUCGCGAUGUUACGAAUCUCGUAGUUGCUUCCAGAUUUUGUCGCUAUGCUUCGCAUAUCGUUGGCAUAGAAUGGGAAUUACGAGGACUAGAGAAUUGGGAUAAUGAAGAAUGUUACAUCGUGAUAUCAAAUCAUCAAAGCUCAUUAGAUAUACUAGGGAUGUUCGAAAUGUGGCCCCGUAUGAAGCGGUGUACUGUCGUCGCAAAACGACCAUUAAUGUUUGCUGGUGCGUUCGGUUUUGGAGCUUGGCUAUCUGGUUUAGUUUUCAUAGACCGCCUCAAAACAGAUAAAGCUCGACUUCUAAUGAAACAAGCAACAGAAAGAGUCAUAGCAGAAAAGACCAAAUUGUGGGUAUUUCCUGAGGGAGCAAGAUACAAUAAAGGUUGUAUACAACCUUUUAAAAAAGGUGCUUUUUAUUUGGCGAUUGAUGCCCAAAUACCAAUUAUGCCUGUAGUAUUCAGCCAGUAUUAUUUUCUUGAUAAUGAAACCAAAACUUUUGAGCCUGGUAAAGUUGUCAUUACCACUUUACCACCGAUUCCUACCAAAGGAAUGACACGUGAUGAUUUAGAAACUCUAUCAGAUAUGGUACGACAACAAAUGAUUGAAGUUUUCAAUGAGAGUUCCAAGGAUCUAGUCAGACAGAAGAAAAUUGCAGUUUAAGUUUAAAAACAUGUGUGUGCCAUAUGUUCCAAAUAU